AUGUCCGAGCGGUUCCGACACGAGUGCCCCGAAGGAUGCAAAGUAUUUGUGGGCAAUUUGGACCGAAAGACGGGUCGCGAAGACUUACGCCAUAUAUUCGGUCGCUUCGGACGCGUCCUCAACGUCUGGAUGGCUACCAGUCCUCCGGGCUUUGGGUUCGUGAUGUAUGGCCACAGAGAGGAGGCGCGGACGGCUGUCCAGCGUAUGGACAACGCCCGCAUCGAUGGCCGCUUCGUGACCGUCGAGUUGGCCACUGGUCUCAGAAGACAUGAUCACAAUCACCACAAACGCGGUCAUAGUGUCGAUCGCCACUCCAGUGGUGGCAGAUAUCGCAGGAGUAGAUCCAGUGAACGCCUGCGCCGAAGAUCUAAUGGUGCGGUCGAUGGCGAGGAUCGGGUUGGCGGUGAUGAGCGACGGGUGACGUCAAGCAGUGGUCGCUAUUAUCGUUGCACUACUCGUGAGGCGAGGAGUCGGUCGCCGGCGCGUAGAAGGAGACGGUAUGGCCGACACACUCACCGAUCGUCCAGCGGUUCCGAGUCGAGCGCCGCUGAAGAUACCAAACGUCAUCAAUAG